GUCCAAUUUCAACAAAACACUAGUCAACCCACAAAUCCAAAAACGUACUCCAAAAAUUCACCAAACUCUAAUUUAAUACUUAUUUUGUACUAUAAUUUAUUUUAUACCCAAAAUUCUGAUUCACUGAACUCCUUUAUAAAAAUCUGAUUUUUUUUCCUAAUGUAUAUUUAUAGGAGAAUGUUUCAAUGAUUCAAUAAAAACAUUCUCAUUCUCUGUACUAAGAAUAAUCAGUUUCUUAAAGGGGAGGGGGAAACAAACAUGUUUAUGAUUCUGGGUCAUUCUUAUUCGAAUCUUUGUCUAGUAGUAUUUGUACUAGUGUUGACAGCUACUUGUUUUAGUUCACAAGUGGAAGGUGGGGAUGAUGAUGGUCGGCACAACAGUGUGACUCUUUCUAGCUUCACUUAUGCAACAACUCUGCUCAAACCUUAUGAAUGGCGAUACAUUAGUGUGGACUUACCACCAUGGUUCUCUUCAGUGACUAUUGAUUUGGAAUCCAAUGUUGGCCUUAACCUGAAAAGCAUAGGAAAAGUAAGUACUUUGCCGAUGAUCUGCUUCCGAGAAGGAAGUCCACCCCUUCCAGAUGUUUAUAACACUUCUCUUACAGGUUUAGUGAUAGAUCAUAUCUCGAAUAGUUCAUUUGGAGGGUCACGAGACCUUCAAAUUGUUGAGAAGUGCUAUCCCAUGCAAAGAAGUAUAUUCUUGACGUUGACAAACGAGCAGAUUUCUCCAGGAAUAUGGUAUUUUGGUCUCUUUAACGGCAUCGGACCUAUAAGGACACAGUCAAAAAUGAUUAAUCGAGGACAUUCUUACUCAUUCAGUGGUAAUAUAACUGUGGAAGGGUGUACAAAUUCUGCUAUGUUGGGAAAAUUCUGCAACCAAACAAUUAGUUUACUCUCAUGUUUGGACACCUAUAUAUCUUCUGAAAGUGGAAUAGGUAGUCGAUCUUAUAACAUAACUGCAGCGAAUGUGACUCCUUGUGGAGGUGCCGAGGAUAGCUGUCUUGAUGUUGCUGGGUCAAAAGUCUACUCCUUGGAUGUAGUGAGUAUUGCCGAGGAGCUAAUAAUCACAGCAUUAAAUAUCACGUUUACUCAAUCACAGCAUUCUAAUGGAACCAUCAGCAACAGCGGAAUUUCCCUUAUGUGCUAUGUUCGGCAUGGGGCUAUACCACUGCCACAAGUGUAUGAUUAUUCUUCUGAUAUAAACAGAACCCCUUUGGUCAUACCUUUACCUAGACUUGGUCGUUGGUAUAUUAAAAUUCAGCCAGCAAACCUGUCAGAAAGCAUGGUAGUAAUCCAAGAAAUGAGCACAACAAUAUGUUAUUCAUUGGAAUGGCAAGUACUUCAGUGUCCUGCGGAUAAGGCUGGAUUGAACUGUACAUCAGCAAAAUACACACUUCAGACGUUUCUGAGGAAAAACCCAUCUGUCGCUUUUGAAUCUUAUUAUCUACCGAUCAGUAGAGAAGCUUCCUCAAACUCUGCUAAUUUCCCUUUGGGACUUCUUUUGAGUAAUUCAUCUGAUGGAGAUAUGAGGAAUUACACUUGGACCUUUUUCCUUCUGGACAUCCCCUAUGCUGCUGCUGGCGGAAAUAUCCAUGUCCGCAUUACAUCAGAUGCAAAGAUAAGUGGGGAAAUAUAUGCCAGAUAUGGUGGAUUGCCGUCUCUUAGUAACUGGGAUUACUUCUAUGCAAACAGCACGAGCAACAGCAACGGUUCCAUGUUUUUUAAGAUACACGAUGCAAGUGACAAGUCCAUCAGCUUUUAUAUCAUAUAUGCUAGAGGAGGAACGUGGAGUUUUGGGUUAAGGCACCCAAUUUCCGACAGGCAUAGUUCGACGGUUGAAACUAUCAUGUCUAUCUCACUAGAGAGAUGCCCACAAAAAUGCUCUUCGCAUGGGACAUGCCAGUCUGUGUUGGAUGCAAGUGGUCUCACAUUUUACAGUUUCUGUGCUUGCGGUAGGCGCUAUGGAGGCUUUGACUGCAGUAUUGAACUUGUUUCUUCUUCAGGACAAGUGCUGAAAACUGAUGUAGGACACAUGUGGCAAUCAAUUUCCCUUAUUGCAUCCAAUGCUGCAGCUUUGCUCCCUGCUUACUGGGCCCUCCGUCAUAAGGCAUUUGCUGAAUGGGUUCUUUACACAUCAAGUGGUAUCUCAAGUGGUCUGUAUCAUGCAUGUGAUGUUGGCACUUGGUGUGCACUGACUUUCCAUGUCUUACAGUUCAUGGAUUUCUGGCUAUCUUUCAUGGCUGUUGUUAGUACUUUUGUAUACUUGGCUGCUAUCGAUGAAGUUUCAAAGAGGACCAUUCACACUGUUGUUGCAAUCCUGACAGCCCUCAUGGCUGAAAGUGGACCGACCAGGUCCUCGAACAUUAUUCUUGUCGUGGCUAUUGGGACUGUGGGUCUGUUAAUUGGGUUCCUCGUUGAAUUCUUUACUCAUCAUAGGUGGAUUUCCUUUCCAACAGAAAUUUGUUUGAACAUGCUCAACAGAUGGGAAACUGUAAAAGCAUGGAUUCAUAAUUUCAUUCGGUCACUUCUAAAGCGCUUUUGGUGGGGCUUUUUACUUGCUGGAUUCACUGCAUUAGCAAUGGCUGCUAUUAGCUGGAGAUUAGAAACAAGUCAAAAUUACUGGAUUUGGCACAGCGUAUGGCAUGUUUCAAUAUAUACUUCUUCAUUUCUUUUCCUCUGUUCAAAAGCAGCAGCAGUAAACUGCGAGAACGAACAACCUCAAUCAGAAAAUUAUGAGUUGGCUCGUCAAAAUUCUUUCAGUGGUAAUAAUGAAAGAGAUGGUAGAUAGAUCAUACUAGAAUCUACUUGAGCCCAAGCACAUAACAUAUAGAGCUGCUUGAUGCUGAAAACAGACAAUGAACUGCACCAUCAGGAGGACACUUCUCCCUAUUAGGUAGGUGAUUAGUGGAUAAGGGGAAUCAAAUGUUUGUUAGUUGUUCUCAAAUAGUUUUCUUUAUUUUUUUUUUUUGAAGUUAUCCUUUGAUCUUAGGGAUACUCAACCAUUGGUGUCCUGUUUUAUAUAACAUUGUUUAUAGGAAGCAAAAGCAGAUUAGGUCCAUUUUGUAUAGUCAGAGAGGUUAUAGCUUACAAUAGGGAAGAUGAAAAAGGAAAGCAAAAUUGGUGCAAGAGAAAGGUCCAAGGUAUACUAACUUUGUUUUAUUCUUUCUCCGUCAAGUCCAUAAUGGUGGUGGAGAUGCAAGUUAGACCCAACAUGUUUAAAUGUUGGUGAAGUCUGUAAACACUGUUCCAAUGUUAUGCUCAUAAAAUCCCUUAUAUGUA